AUGCUACGCAACCACUUUGUGUCGGCCAUUCAAAGCAGAAACACAUAACAACACAUACUAGUUCCCAUCGACGAAAAAAACAUAAAAUUGGCAUUGGUUAUGGAUAUGGAUCCAGGCGAAGGUACUUCGGAUGGUCGUGUAAAGCGUAGAACAAACAAUAUCAAAGUGGAAAUAAAACAAGAGCCAGACAUUAAGGAAGAACCAUCAAAUGGCAGUGAACUUGGUUUGACCACACGUUUGAGCGAAGGACUUGGAGCAGAUACAACAGCUGCGACAUUGAACAUCGGAUUGGUGGACGAAUCCAAAUCGGAUUUUGAUCCUGCAUUUUAUUUGAAUGGUGUGAAAGAGGAGGUGAAGUGCAAAGGAGAGAAGCCAAGUAAAGGAAAAGAUUCUUCACCAAAUUCGGUGUCAAAUGGAAAUGAUCCAAAUGUUCGUGGCGAUCAAGGUGAUGAGCCAAUGGUCCAAUCAAACGCCAGUCGCACGAGACUCAACCCAAGUGGCAAAGGGAAAAAGCGCGACGGAUCAAAAAAGCAAAACAAACGGAAGAUACCGAGGAAUAAGGUGGCGAAGAAACGAACGGAGCAAAAGUUUGCGGUUAUGUUACAUCGCAUAAAGGGAAUUUCGCCACACAUAUUCGUAUUCACACUGGCGACAAGCAAUUCGAAUGCUCUGUUUGUUUCAAAUCAUUUGCACAGAAAAACUAUUUGAAUGUUCACUUGCGAACUCAUGCCGAUGAUCUUCCUUAUUCUUGUUUGAAAUGUGGUCAACGAUUUUCCAGCGGUGAGGCCAGACAAUCACAUGAAAAACGCUGCAAACAUCGUCGAUACGAAUGUUAUCUCUGCGGAUACGAAUGUUUUGCCAAAUACGAUCAGAACCGC